AUGGCCGAAGACAAUCAUUCAUCAGAAUCGCAUACCGACGUGCUUAUCAUUGGCGCCGGGCCCUCCGGCUUGAUGGCAGCCUACUGGAUGGCUCGUUGCGGUGUGCGAGCUCGAAUAAUCGACAAAAACAGCACCAAGGUGUUCACUGGCCAAGCGGACGGAUUGCGGAUCCGAACUCUGGAAAUAUUCGACAGCAUUGGCUUUCAACACCGUGUGCAGCAUGAAGGCCAUGUGGCUGUUGAAGCUAACUUUUGGGUGCCUAGUCCAGACGGGAAAUUGUUUCGUCAGGGCCCUUUCUGCAGCUCCAAGGUCAACGAGUCUCCAUUCCACAACAUGCUUCUGAGCCAAGGACGGAUUGAACGGUUCCUUAUCGAUAGUAUUAAGGAGCAUUCCGACCUCGAGGUUGAACGGGGUGUCAUUGCGGAGACUUUCGAGUACGAUGAGACUCUUAAUGAUGACCCUAUUGCCUACCCGAUCACUGUCAAGUUGCGAACCCUCGGUGAGAAUGAGGUCAAUUCACCUGGCGGUUCUGGUGGAGAAAGCCCGCAGUCUGUACCCAGCGGCCUUGAUCGUAGCAACAUACUUCCAGAUGAUUGGGAUGACUUGAUUCAAAAGAGCAGGAGUCAGCAAACGAAGACCGAGACCGUCAAAACAAAGUACCUUAUUGGCUGCGACGGUGCACACAGCUGGACCCGGAAGCAGGUUGGCAUUCCGUUAGAGGGAUCAAGUACAGAUCAUAUUUGGGGUGUGAUCGACGUAAUCCCAGUCACGGACUUCCCGGACAUCCGUCGCCUGGGAACUGUAACCAACGCAGCAGGCACAAUUCUCGUCAUUCCCCGUGAGAGACAGCUGGUACGUCUUUACGUCCCAGUGCAAGUUGUUGACGCCGCCUCAAACGCCAAUAUCCGUUUCAACCGUUCCUCAAUCACACCAGAAAUGAUCAAAGAGCGAGUCCAAGCCAUCCUCAAACCAUACACAUUCGAUUACAAAAUCUGUGACUGGUGGACUGCAUAUCAGAUCGGACAGCGGAUCGCGCCAACAUUCACGAAAGAUGAUCGUGUGUUCCUGGCCGGUGAUGCAGUGCACACGCAUUCCCCCAAAGUAGGAUUGGGUAUGAACAUGAGCAUGCAGGAUGGCUUCAAUAUCGGUUGGAAAGUUGCCCUGGUCGUAGCGGGGGUGGCCAACCCUGCUAUUCUCAGCACUUAUAACACUGAACGCCAAAUCUUGGCUGAGAUGCUGCUUGAUUUUGAUCGCCACUGGUCGGGACUUUUCACGGAAAACAGGCCGCCAGAGGGAGGCCCUGGUAAGACGGAGAGCAUGGUCAAGGUUGUUGAGUCGUUUGAAGAUUUUGCGGAUGGCUUGAAGGCUUUCUAUGGCGCUAGUCCGUUGGUCUGCAAGCUUGAUAACGACCAAGAUCCCAUCCUAGGUUAUGGGUUGGUUCCGGGUGAGCGAUUUCCGCCAGUGAAGUUGCGUAAACAGGCGGAUGGAAACACACAAUGGACAACAAGAACUUUCGAAAGCGAUGGACGAUUCCGACUAGUUAUACUCGCUGGAGACGUACGUGAUGCAACACAGAAGCAGCGGGUUGAGACUCUAAGUCAAUUUUUGUCUGGUCAACUCAAAGAAAAGGUUUCACCUUUGAACCGUUAUGCUGCAAUCCCGGGGCGCUUCAAGAGCCUGAUCGAAGUGGUGACGAUCCACAGCGCACCUUGGAAUGAAACGGAGUUCUUCGACUUCCCGGAGAUCCUGCGUAAGUUGGACCCCACUAUGGGGUGGGAUUAUGGCAAGAUCUGGUGUGAUGAUGCAUGCAUAUGGGAUCGAGACUGUAAUGGGAAAGGCUAUGAGAAAUGGGGUGUAGAUCGCACGCGCGGCGGGGUCCUGAUUAUUCGACCGGAUCAGUAUAUUGGCUGGGUUGGCGAGUUUGAAUAUAUAGACGAGAUGACUCAAUACUUGGAUGGCGUAUUGAUCAGGGCUGUAUGUGGGCAAUAA